AUGGCUUUUGAUGGCGGUGAAAGGAACUGUACGUCACGCUAUACUGGAGAUUUUUGCGACUUCCCGAACCCAUGUCACACGGCUGCCGGUCCCCGGUGCCAGAACGGUGGCAUCUGCGAGACUACCUUCCGGGACGGAGUGCCGUCGUUCUCGUGCCGGUGCCCGAUCGGGUACACCGCGAGCCUGUGCGAGAUACCGGUCAAGAAUGCGUGCGACUCCUCGCCGUGCAACAACGGUGGCAACUGCAAGCUGAAAACGCUGGACGACUACACCUGCAUCUGCGCGACCGGCUAUUCGGGCAAACACUGUGACAAGCAGAAUCUGUGCGCUUCGUCCCCGUGCCGGAACGGUGGUACCUGCACGCUGUCACCGAAUGGGCACGUCAAGUGCAUCUGCCCGAAAGGCUUCCGCGGCAUGUACUGUGCGGACGACAUCGACGAGUGUCUGAAGAAUCCGUGCGAGAACAACGGCAAGUGCGUCAACACGCACGGAUCGUACCAGUGCAUGUGUGAACCGGGCUACACGGGCAAGAACUGUGAGUCGGGUUACAUUCCCUGCUCGCCUUCGCCCUGCCAGAACGGCGGCACCUGCAAGCAAUCGACAAAGUACUCCUACGAAUGCAAAUGUCCACCCGGCUUUCAAGGCAAGAACUGCGAGGAAAACACGGACGACUGUCCGGGCAACCUGUGCCAGAACGGUGGAACAUGCGUGGACGGCAUCAACGCCUACCACUGCAGUUGCCCGUCCAGCUUUACCGGCGAGUUUUGCGAGAACGACGUGGACGAGUGUGCGCUGCGGCCCUCGAUCUGCCAGAACGGGGCGACCUGCACCAACACGCACGGCAGCUACAACUGCAUCUGCGUGAACGGCUGGAACGGGCCCGACUGCAGCAACAACAUUGACGAUUGUGUGGACGCUGCCUGCUUCAAUGGGGCGACCUGUAUCGACGGUGUCGGCAGCUUCUACUGUCGCUGCACGCCCGGCAAGACGGGGCUGCUGUGCCAUCUGGACGAUGCGUGCACGUCGAACCCGUGCCACGCGGACGCGAUCUGCGACACCAGCCCGAUCAACGGCUCGUUCACGUGCUCUUGCGCCGUCGGGUACAAGGGCAUCGACUGCUCGGAAGACAUUGACGAGUGCGAUCAAGGUUCGCCGUGUGAGCACAACGGUAUCUGCGUGAACACGCCCGGUUCGUUCGCGUGCAACUGCUCGCAAGGAUUCACCGGACCGCGGUGCGAAACGAACGUGAACGAGUGCGAGUCACAUCCGUGUCAGAACCAGGGCAGCUGUCUGGACGAUCCCGGUACCUUCCGUUGCGUCUGCAUGCCAGGCUACACCGGUACGCAAUGCGAGAUCGACAUAGAUGAGUGUGCGACGAACCCAUGCCUGAACGGUGGCAUCUGCCGCGACAUGGUCAACUCGUUCAAGUGUACUUGCGCUAUUGGCUUCUCGGGGCUGCGGUGCCAGAUCAACAUCGACGACUGCAUGUCACAGCCGUGCCGUAACGGCGGCAUCUGUCACGACUCGAUCGCCGGCUACUCGUGCGAAUGUCAGCCCGGCUACACGGGCCUGUCCUGCGAGACGAACAUCAACGACUGUCAGUCGAACCCGUGCCAUCGGGGCGCUUGCAUCGACGGCGACAACUCGUUCACCUGCCUGUGCAAUCCGGGCUACACUGGCUACCUGUGCCAGAUACAGAUCAAUGAGUGUGAAUCGAAUCCCUGCCUGUUCGGCGGUCACUGCGAGGAUCUGGUCGGCGGGUACAUGUGCCGCUGCCAGCCGGGCACGUCCGGUCCGAACUGUGAAGUGAACGUGAACGAGUGCCACAGCAACCCGUGCCGGAACGGAGCCAAGUGCAUCGACGGCAUCAACCGAUACACCUGCCAGUGCGUGCCGGGCUACACCGGUUUCCACUGCGAGACGAACAUCAACGAGUGUGCGUCGGACCCGUGCGCGAACGGAGGCGUCUGUAUGGACCUGGUCAACGGGUUCCGGUGCGAGUGUCCGCGCGGCUACUUCGACGCCCGCUGCUUGAGCGACGUGGACGAGUGCGCCUCGAACCCGUGCAUCAACGGCGGCCGCUGUGAGGACGGCGUGAACCAGUUCAUCUGCCACUGUCCGCCCGGGUACGGUGGACGGCGGUGCGAGAUCGACAUCGACGAGUGUGGCUCAAACCCGUGCCAACACGGCGGCAUCUGCCGCGACGGCCUCAACGCGUACACCUGCCAGUGCAUGCCGGGGUACACCGGGCGCAACUGCGAGAUCAACAUCGACGACUGCGUGAACAAUCCGUGCCGCAACGGGGGCUCCUGCAUCGAUCUGGUUAACGGGUACAAGUGCGUCUGCCGCGGACCGUUCACCGGGCGCGACUGCGAGUCCAAGAUGGACCCGUGCCAGCCGAACCGCUGCCGGAACGGGGCCAAAUGCUCACCGAGCCCGAACUAUCUCGACUUCGCCUGCUCCUGCACGCUCGGCUACACCGGCCGGCUGUGCGACGAGGACAUCAACGAGUGUGCGCUGUCGUCGCCGUGCCGGCACGGUGCGACCUGCCGGAACACGAACGGAUCCUACCACUGCAUCUGUGCGAAGGGGUACGAGGGGCGGGACUGCACGAUCAACACCGACGACUGUGCGUCGUUCCCGUGUCAGAACGGGGGCACCUGUCUUGACGGGAUCGGCGACUACACCUGCCUGUGCGUGGACGGGUUCGAGGGCAAACACUGCGAGGUCGACAUCAACGAGUGUCUGUCGAUGCCGUGCCAGAACGGCGCGACCUGCAACCAGUACGUCAACUCGUACACCUGCACCUGCCCGCUCGGGUUCAGCGGGAUGAACUGCCAAACGAACGACGAGGACUGCACGGAGAGCUCGUGCAUGAACGGGGGCACUUGCAUCGACGGCAUCAACAGCUACAACUGCUCCUGCGAAACGGGCUACACCGGCUCAAACUGCCAGUAUCGCAUCAACAAGUGCGACUCGCAGCCGUGCCGGAACGGGGCCACGUGCCACGACUACGAGAACGACUACACGUGCCACUGCUCGUACGGGUACACCGGCAAGCAGUGCCUGGAGUACGUCGACUGGUGCUCGCAAAAUCCGUGCGAAAACGGUGCCACCUGCACGCAGCAGGAAAACACGUACCAUUGCGCGUGCGCCGCCGGCUGGACGGGCAAGCUGUGCGACGUGGAGAUGGUAUCGUGCAAGGAUGCGGCCGCUCGGAAGGGCGUGGACGCGAAGCACCUCUGCCACAACGGGACGUGCGAGGACUUUGGCAACUCGCACCGCUGUCGGUGCGCGCGCGGCUACACCGGCUCGUACUGCCAUCACGAGAUCAACGAGUGCGAAUCGCAACCGUGCCGGAACGGGGGCACGUGCAAGAACCUGAUCGGCUCGUACCGGUGCCAGUGCCGGGCCGGGUUCCAGGGCCAGAACUGCGAGCUGAACAUCGACGAGUGCAAGCCGAACCCGUGCCGAAAUGGCGGCAUCUGCCACGAUCUCGUCAACGGGUACAAGUGCUCAUGCCCGCCCGGCACGAUCGGAGUGCUGUGCGAGAUCAACACGGACGACUGUACGCCGGGCGCCUGCCACAACAAUGGCAGCUGUGUGGACAAGGUCGGUGGAUUCGAGUGCCGCUGCCCGCCCGGCUUUGUGGGGGCCCGGUGCGAGGGCGACAUCAACGAGUGUCUGUCGAAUCCGUGCUCGAAUCCGGGCACGCUCGACUGCGUGCAGCUGGUGAACGACUAUCACUGCAACUGCAAGCCGGGCCACAUGGGCCGGCACUGCGAGGUGAAGGUGGACUUCUGCGCCAACAGCCCCUGCCUGAACGGCGGACAGUGCUCGACGCGGCAGUCCGGCCAUCACUGCGUGUGCGCCGACGGCUACUACGGGAAGAACUGCGAGUUCAGCGGCCACGACUGCGACUCCAAUCCCUGCAUUAACGGGCUGUGCCAGAUCGCGGACGAUGGUGGGUAUCGGUGCGACUGUCCGCUCGGCACGAGCGGCGUGAACUGCGAGCUGGACAUACUGGACGAGUGCACAUCGGCGCCGUGCGAGAAGGGCGCCCCGUGCCAGAACAAACUGGGCGACUUCGAGUGUCUCUGCCCGCCGAAGUGGAGCGGCAAAACGUGCGGCACGUACGAUCCGCACUACCACGGCUGGUACGAUACGACGCAGCAGCAGCAGGGCGGCCGGGGCCACAAGCAUGGCGGCGCAGCCCUGCCAAACAUCUAUGCGAUCGACCUGGAGUACCAGCGGUCGCAGUGCGUGAAGAAGGGCUGCCGGGAGAAGCAGGGCAACCACCGGUGCGACGAGGAGUGCAACACGUACGCAUGCGACUUCGACGGGAACGACUGUUCGCUCGGCAUCAAUCCGUGGCUGAACUGCACCGCCAGUAUCAAUUGCUGGGAGGUGUUCAUGGACGGGUUCUGCAACGAGGAGUGCAACAAUGCGGCCUGCCUGUUCGAUGGGCGCGACUGCGAGAAGAAGCUGCAGCCGUGCAAUCCGAUCUACGACGCGUACUGCCAGAAGCACUACGCGAACGGGUUCUGCGACUACGGCUGCAACAAUGCGGAGUGCAACUGGGACGGGCUGGACUGCGAGAACGAGAAGGAGCCGGCCCAGUUGGCGGAGGGUGCGAUCUCGAUCAUACUGCUGAUGGAUGCGGCCACGUUCCGGCUGAACGCGAUCCAGUUCCUGCGCGAUCUGGGCCACCAGCUGCGGACGACGGUGCGGAUCAAGAAGAACGCGGCCGGCAUGGAGAUGAUCUACCCGUGGAAGGGUGGCACUGCACUGCAGGGCCUGACCGACAGCGAGUUUGGGCGGAAGCACCACGUGGUGUACACGGAAACGCGCCAGAUCGGGAUCCAGGUGUACCUGGAGCUGGACAACCGGAAGUGCAUCGGGAUGAGCGGCGCGGAAUGCUUCGGGACGGCGAACGAGGCGGCCGAGUUUCUGGCGGCCACGGCCUCGAAGCACUCGCUGUCGAAGCAGUUCCCGAUCUA